GAUAAUUUUGUCUGCCAUCUUCGGUUCCACUGUUGAUGGAAUUUCUAUAGAAACAACACACGCAUUAAGCCUCAAUUGACUUGCAAAACCUACCAUUCCUAUCAAGGAUACAGCUUUUCUCUCUCUCAAUUAUACAGAUUAUAUAUAGAUUGACUAGAAGAAGAAGAAGAAACGUUAAUCUUUACCAGGCUCGAAAAUCCUUAAAAACCCAGCUGUUUCAGUUUUGGUUGUGCAGGUGAUCUGAGAUUGGUUAGUGGAUUGCCAUGUCAGUGAGACUUAGGUCUUCCGCCUUGUGGCAUACUAAAGUUUCUUUGAAAUAGUAGCAUGGAGAAGAAAAUAAUAGAUGACUAUGAACCAGGGCCACUUCCUUCGCCAAGAAAGAUGGAUAGAUUUGGUUUUCUAAAGCAAGAGAUUAAUAAUCCUCCUGAUGGUUUAGCCAAGGGAAGGGAGGAAAGAAGGGUAAGAAAAUGGAGGAAGAUGAUUGGGGUUGGAGGGAGUGAUUGGAAGCAUUAUGUUCGAAGAAAACCUCAUGUUGUUAAGAGGCGCAUAAGGAAAGGAAUCCCUGACUGUUUAAGGGGUCUUGUUUGGCAGUUGAUUUCUGGAAGUCGAGACCUUUUACUGAUGAACCCUGGGGUUUAUGAGCAACUAGUUAUAUACGAGACAUCAGCAUCAGAGCUGGAUAUAAUUCGUGAUAUUUCUCGGACCUUCCCUUCACAUGUUUUCUUCCAGCAGAGACAUGGUCCAGGUCAAAGGUCUCUCUACAAUGUUUUGAAGGCUUACUCUGUGUAUGAUAGAGAUGUUGGAUAUGUUCAGGGUAUGGGGUUUUUAGCUGGUUUGCUACUCCUUUAUAUGAGUGAAGAGGAUGCAUUUUGGUUGUUGGUUGCAUUGCUGAAAGGAGCAGUCCAUGCUCCAAUGGAAGGAUUGUAUCAGGUGGGUCUGCCUCUUGUUCAACAAUAUUUGUGUCUGUUUGACCGCUUGAUGAAGGAGCAUAUGCCAAAACUAGGAGAGCAUUUUACCCAAGAAAUGAUAAAUCCUAGCAUGUAUGCAAGCCAGUGGUUUAUAACUGUUUUCUCAUACUCUUUUCCAUUCCACUUGGCUCUUCGAAUUUGGGAUGUCUUCCUGUACGAGGGUGUUAAAAUUGUUUUCAAAGUGGGUCUGGCUCUGUUAAAAUAUCGCCAUGAUGACUUGGUCAAAUUGCCCUUUGAAAAACUUAUACAUGCUUUGCGUAAUUUCCCCGAUGAUGCAAUGGAUCCAGAUACAUUAUUACCUAUGGCGUACUCCAUCAAGGUGUCCAGGCGAUUGGAAGAACUGAAACAGGAGUAUAACAAGAAGGAUGGAAAGCCAAGUCUGUCUAUAGAAAUUAAGGGGAAUCAAAAGCAGGUGCAAUGAAGGUUUUUCUCUUCUUUCGUGGGAGAAAAACCUUGAGUUAUUCAUACAUUUUGAUUCUUUUAUUCUUUUGUCUGGAACCAUCUUAUAGUUUGAAAAUAUGUACAUCAAGUGUGGACUUCUGUCAUGGCUUUGAUUGUUCAUAGCUGCUUGGUGAAGUUGAAAUGUCCAUGGAACUUUAGGGUGACACAAGUGGUCACCUCUAGUCAUCUCCUACUAGGAUGGGAUUCUCUUUUUAAUUGUAAUCUAUUAACUAUGAUAGUGAUAAAGAUGAUGACUAGAUUUGGUGCCUUUUCAGCAAUGAUUACGUAUAAUUUCUGUAUAA